AUGCUAACAUACUACUGUAUUGUAGCCUACCCAACCAUCCCUGCGUUCCCAGAAGUCGUGAAAGCCGUCAACGCCAAAGUCAAUCCCAACGACCUCAAAACCCUCCUCACGACGUUUGUGAACAAGUUCACCACCCGCAACAAAGCGUCGUCUCAGGGACUGGCGUCGAGCAUCUGGUUGUUUGACCAAGCGACCGCCUUGUCCAACGCCCACGACCGCGCCGACAUCACGACCAACGUGACCAAGUACGACCACGGAUGGGGCCAAGUGUCUGUGAUCUUCCGCAUCGACCCGGUGAAACCUGCCGUGAACAACGAUCUGCUCAUCCUGGGUGCGCAUCAAGAUACGGUCAACGAUUAUGGUGGCAAGGCCGCCCCAGGCGCCGACGACGACGGGUCCGGCACGGUCACGAUUUUCACGGCGCUCAAGUACUUGCUGUCGUCACCGCAGUGGGUUCCCACGCGACCGAUCGAGUUCCACUGGUACUCGGCCGAAGAAUAUGAUAGGGUAAAAAGAGCGGGAUUGCAAGGCUCCAAACAAAUUGCCACCGCUUAUGCCAAAGCCAAAGUCGACGUGUACGCCAUGUUACAAAACGACAUGACGGGGUGGACCCGAGGCGGCACCAAAGUCAUUAGCUUCACGGACGACUUCACGUCGCUUCCGCUGAACAAGUUCUUGCAAGCGUGUGUCAAUACUUACUUGACAACUAAAGUGAGCCACAACACGUGCGGCUACGGCUGCUCCGACCACGCGUCAUGGUUCAACGCUGGGUACGCCGCAGCAUUCCCGUUUGAAGAAGACGGGCCCGUCAACCCCAACAUCCACUCGUCCAAGGACACUAUUGCGACCUUGGACUUUGACCACAUGGCCGAGUUUACGCGAUUGGCCGUGGCUUUCGUGGUGGAGCUGUCGCAAGCAAAGACGAAGCAUCCCACUAUCUUGGAUGUUGCGGACGGAGCCCGAUGUGAUUGA